AUGGCUCUGGAACAGUCGGCUCAUCAACAGCCAUGUGCUAGUCCUCGCUUGAACGAUACUGAUAACACGGACAGCGCAUCAACCGAGUCUCUGGAAGUGAUUGAGGUUGUUGAAAAACCGUACAACUGGCCUGAUCUGUUAAUCAAUGAGCAUAACUAUUUUCAUGUUCCGGAGAUUGGAGCGAAGAUUCGAUAUCGGUCCGUUGUUUCCAGAUCCAUGAGGCGAGCGCAAAGGCAGCAACAUCAACGUUCCAUUACGCCAGCCUUGUCUGAUCGCAAAACCACUGGACAACCGUCAAAUUCCGAGUUGCUAUCACGUGAAAGCAGUCGGAAACGGGGUUGGCUCAGUCCCAAUGAACAAUCCGGGGAUGAUGGUGAACACAGAUUCAACACGCCAUACGAACCUGCGGCCUCUUGGCUUUUUCACAACAAACGACCACACCUUGACCCUGAAGGUAUUCCAACUGGCGUAUCCAAAUUGGAUAUAGGCGAAGAGGAUGAAUAUGAGGAACAAGAUGAGAUUACAUCGAGUGAUCGACAUUUAGGCCGUAGACCACUCUCUCCUGUUCAGCAGCCGACUCAACUAUCGCCAAAGCGCCGGAUCCGAGGCAAUCGCGAGUUAGCCAGCCUUUUCACUCCAGUUCUCAAAUCUGAGCUCCACCGUGCAAUAGAUUCACCGGUAGACCAAACGAACGACAGAUUAGUCGAUCCCACUCAUCGAAUCCCCUCCGCACGCUUCAAACAACGAACUUCAGCUGAAGAAGAUUAUGUGAGUUUGUUUUUUCCGAAAUCAGCUCAUUCUAUUUAUUUUUUUUCGGGGGUGGGGGGGGAGAGAUGUGGAGUGGGUAUUUUCUGGUCAUGCAUUUAG